GAAAAAAGAGUUGCACAGGAAAUUUUUAGUAAAAGAAAAAAAAUCCAAACAGAUAACCCCCCUUCGGCCGAGCUCUCUGUAAAUGUUUACCCCACAUACCUCGGUACCUUCCUCUACUUCCCACUCUUUGCCGCACUCUUUUUACCACCACCAACAACACUCACAACCCCCACGAACAAGUACACGGCUGCCCGCUCUUUCCUCAACAUUCACCAACCCAGUCCCUAGAAAAAUAUCUACACACAGUCUCUCAUUUACACACCACCACAUUGCUGCUGGCUGCACUGCUCAGUCCAUCAGCAGGGCGCUGGAUUACCCUUUCAGCCUUUCUGAACUUCCACAGUGUAUAUGUAGGAUGCUUGAUAGUAUAAUGUUGGUGAUGGAUGGUGGUGUUCUUACAAUAACACAAGCUCAACGAAUUACCCCUUCUAAGAGCAUCAUCCAUGGACUUGGAACUCAAUGUAUCCUCACAAGAACCGCAUCAUGUUCAACCAAAGACAUAUGGACCAGGUCACCAUCACUUGCUUCGUCUUCUUCAUUAUCCACUUCUUUCUCACAUCAACCACCUCAGACAUACCGCCAGAAACGAACACCGAGAAACACUUUCUUAGACCACAGCAUAGACAUGGAUGAUUUGUUGAAAUCUAUAGCCCAAACAGCAGAUGAGCAAGAGUUGUUUGCUUUGUUGUCACCUUAUAAAGGCAGGCAACUAUCUGUUCGGUUCAUGGUCUCUCUUCUUUCUCGUGAAUCAGAUUGGCAACGGUCAAUUGCAUUGCUUGAUUGGAUAAAUGAUGUUGCUUUGUAUAGCCCAUCAGUGUUUGUUUACAAUGUUGUUAUCCGUAACGUGCUUCGGGCAAAGCAAUGGGUGGUUGCACAUGGCUUAUUCGAUGAAAUGCGGCAGAGAGCAUUGGCUCCUGAUAGGUAUACUUACUCGAUGCUGAUUACCGGUUUCGGAAAAGAGGGGCUUUUUGAUUAUGCACUUUCUUGGCUGCAGAAAAUGGAACAGGAUCGUGUGUCGGGUGAUCUUGUUUUGUACAGCAACUUGAUUGAGUUGUCUCGCAAAUUGCAUGAUUAUUCUAAAGCGAUUUCUCUGUUUUCGAGGUUGAAGAGGUCUGGUAUUAGGCCUGACCUUGUGGCUUAUAAUACAAUGAUUAAUGUGUUUGGGAAAGCUAAGCUCUUUAGUGAGGCUCAGGAUCUGUUGAGUGAGAUGAGAGAAAAUGGAGUUAAUCCAGAUACAGUUAGUUACUCAACGCUUUUGAAUAUGUUUGUGGAGAAUCAUAAAUUCGUUGAGGCAUUAUCUGUAUUUUCCGAGAUGAAUGAUGCUAAAUGUGUUCUUGAUCUUACUACCUGCAAUAUCAUGAUAGAUGUUUAUGGACAACUUGAUAUGGCCAAGGAAGCAGAUCAGCUUUUCUGGAGCAUGAGGAAAAUGGGCAUUGAACCUAAUGUUGUUAGUUAUAAUACUCUUUUGAGGGUGUAUGGAGAAGCUGAGCUUUUUGGCGAAGCCAUACAUCUUUUUCGCUUGAUGCAGAAAAAGGAUAUUGAACAGAAUGUUGUUACCUACAAUACCAUGAUAAAAACGUACGGCAAGUCUCUUGAGCACGAGAAAGCUGGAAAUUUGGUGCAAGAGAUGCAGAAAAGAGGGAUUCAGCCAAAUGCAAUUACAUAUUCAACAAUCAUUUCUAUAUGGAGUAGGGCUGGGAAAUUGGAUCGUGCUGCCAAGUUGUUUCAAAAGCUUAGGAGUUCCGGUGUUGAGAUUGAUCAGGUUCUUUAUCAGACUAUGAUAGUGGCUUAUGAGAGAGCAGGAUUAGUUGCUCAUGCAAAACGAUUGCUCCAUGAGCUUAAGUGCCCUGAUAACAUCCCCCGAGAUACUGCCAUUACUAUCCUUUGCAGAGCUGGAAGGAUCGAAGAGGCCACGUGGGUCUUUCGACAGGCAUUUGAUGCUGGAGAAGUGAAGGAUAUCUCUGUAUUUGAGUGUAUGAUUGAGCUUUAUUCAAGAAACAGAAAAUAUACCAAUGUCAUAGACGUUUUUGAGAAGAUGAGAAGAGCAGGAUAUUUUCCCAAUUCAAAUGUCAUUGCUCUCUCCCUGAAUGCUUACGGAAAAGUCAGGGAGUUUGAGAUGGCUGAUUUAGUGUAUAAAGAGAUGCGAGAAGAGGGCUGUAUGUUCCCAGAUGAGGUUCACUUCCAGAUGCUGAGUCUGUAUGGUGCAAGAGGUGACUUAAAGACCAUGGAGUCACUUUUCGAGAUGCUUAAUUCUGAUCCCAACAUAAACAAGAAGGAAUUGCAUAUUGUUGUUUCUAAUGCAUAUAAAUCAGCCAAAAGACUCAAUGACGCUGAUAGAACCAUCAACGAGAGGACUGACAAUGGUAACUUGAGAUCUUGAUCAUAAUAAAAACAAGCAACAUGGUUUAGUUCUUUUCCAUGGAGUAUGAUGGCGCUUGUGAGAUAUUGUGGAGUUGUUUGAUCAGAUACGUGGAUCUAGCACUUUGACCUGGAAAGUCAUGGAGUUGACAGAUCCUCUAAUUAUUCACAGAGACAAACAUAUCAAUUAUUCUCCUCACAUUGGGCUUUUCAAUUGGUACCUGAUGGUCGAUAAUCCAUAUGAUACCAGCAUCUCUAUUCAGAUCAAAGAGACAGCUGGAUACUUGGAUCCUGAAUAUAUGAAGUGGGCUGAAAGGUGAUGUCUGUUAGAAGAUGUAUUGCUUGUCGAACGAGUGACAGGAAGAUAUCCAAUCGAUCAUCUAAAGGGGUCAAAUAGAGAGUAACCACAAGAUGGAGAGCCUGACUUAGAAGAAGAGACUAUGGUUCUAUUUUACACGUCGAGUGAGAGUUAUGAAUGGGAAAGCAACAGCAACUACCUUAUCUAUAUCCCGCAAUGAACAAAUUAAAGAGCAAGUAUGCAAGUGCUGGCGAUGAAAUCAGCCGUAGCGUUAAGCAACCAAGAAUGACAAAGUCGUGUGUUGAGAAAUAAGCAUCGGAACACUGAUAUAACGCUAUCGAGCAAGGAUGAAGCAACAAGUAAGCUUGGAGGUGGUAGAUAACUGGUGAGGCUCGAAGGUGUUAGGCACGGGAAAGUUGGAAAUAGAAUAUGUUGAAGAAGAGAAAGUAGAAGGCUCGAAAGAGAAAGAUUUGACUUGACUUAAUUGUCAAACUGAGCUUGGAAUUUGUUUCGUUUUAAUCCCCUAUUUUGGGUAAUGAAUUUUUAUAUUCUCCAGAAAACAAAAAGUAAAUGACUUGUGCACCUUCUCACAAACACUAAAAUAACUCAGGAUUUGGGAGUUAUUAUAAGAAAAAAUAGAUUAAUAAAACAUUUAUCAAAUACUACUUUGGGUCUUUAUUAAUUUUUCUGUA